AUGGCGGUCGAUUUGACUCCGAGGUUUAGAAGAUUAAACAGCCAAACAAGAAGCAUUCGAGAAAAUGCUCAGAUAUGCUCCUCGGGACCCUUCCGCGCCACGCAGCUGUGGCGGAGCCUCAUCCUGGCGCUGCACGCGCAGGUGGAGGUGCGGCCGCGGCGGAAGCACCUGCGCACGCACGCCGACUGCUUCACGGGCUCGGACGCGGUGGACGCGUUGCUCAGCCACCUCAUGCAGAGCGUGGUCUUCUGCUCCAGCGAGGUGUCGCGCCUCAAGGCCGCCCGUCUCUGCCAGGCCCUGAUGGAGGCCCGGGUGUUCGAGCCCGUCGGGGUCAAGCUCUUCCGCCGGCAGAGGGAGACGGCCUUCGAGGACUCCAGCUGCAGCCUGUACCGCUUCCUGGACCGCGACGCCCUGCCUGGUUCUGCUGAGAAAAGCAGCGCCGAAAAGAGUGUAACACCUGAGGAGGCUGGCUGGAGGAGAAGGAAGAUGCCCAGACUGGAUCAAACGACCAUCUCCAACCCUCUGGCCGUGGAGUCCUCAGACAGGAGGGUGGAGAAACUGCUGAAGACCAUCAACCUGCACCCGUCCUCCCCCUCAGCCCUGAGAAGAUCCCCACCCACCAGCUUCCUGUCAAAGAGAGUGGUGGAGGAGGUGUGGAAGCAGCAGACACUCCUGCAGCUGCUGCAGGUCGUCGAGCUGCCCGUCCUGGACAGCAUCCUGAUGUCGCCGACCAAGACUGAGCCACAGAGGAGCGCCCCCUUGUGUAACCGCGAUGACCUUGUAAUCUCCAACACCUACCUGGACAGGGAGGUCACCCAAAGCCUGAACCUCCCUGAACUGGACUCCUGGCUGGCUGCGGCCGCUGACUGCCUGGAGCACUUCCCGGACCAGCUGAUUGUAGUUGCGGGGGAACAUCUCCAGCAGGGUGGCGCUGUUGGGGACAGCAGCCUAGGGCCACAGAAGAGGCUGCUCUUCGACACCAUCGCGAAGUACUACAGCGGCCAAGAGAGGGCACCGUUUCUCUCCGGCCGCCACCUUGACAUCCACUGCGCCAUCCUGGAGCUGCUAGACCGCGGGAAGCGGGAGGACGCCCUCACAGCCUCGCAGCUGUGCCUGAGGCUGCUGGAGCCCAACACCAGGGACGAGCUGCGCAGCCUGCUGGGCUUCAUGGCUGCGGCUGCGCAGCCAGAGGCCGUCCGGCUGCAUAAACAGGCAGACAACCGUGUGACGGUCUGCCGGACCUUCCUGAAGGCCAUUGUGCAGAAUAAUGUACUGACCCGGGCUCAGAGCGAGCAGCUGGUUCUGUUUCUGAUGGACAGCCAACCGCACCUCUUCAAGACUCCAACAUCAUUGAUUGAGGCCGUGCGCAAGAGGCUUCAGUCCUUACAGCAGGGAGGGGAUCUAGACACAACAGCGACGUUCUCCUUCUGCCAGCGCGUGACGGUGCAGCAGUACGAGGACCAGAGGGAGAAAGCCACGCUGGAGAGCCUGAAGCAGCUGAUCCGUGCCAUCAGCCUCAAUGCCUCCCUGCCCUUGAGGGAGAAGAGGAGGCUGAUGAAGGACUUCCAGAAACACCACCCUGUGGUCUUCCUUCAGCAUUUUUCCAGCACCUUGUAG